CGAUCGCCUCUCGCAUUUGUUUUCUUUCCCUCCCUCUCUCCUUCCUCCGUUCCAUCUUUGCCAUGCCUUCCGCCGAGAUGGACCAGUUGACCUCUGGUGCUAGCAACCGCAUCAUUCCCAUCCUCAAAGCCCUCAGGGCCUCUUUGAUUUUCGUGUACACCGUCUUCCUUUCCUUCUUAUGGUUCUUUCUCCCUCGUCCUCGUCGCUUUUCUUCUCCUCCCUUGCUCGGCACUCCGCCUUCUUCUCCUAGGAAGCAUCGGAAACGGAGGUCCUUGUGGUUGAUCCGAGAGGAGGAUGACACCCUCCGGAGAAGAGCUUUAGCCGAAGAUGUGCGCAUGGCCCGCGAUGAUGCCACUUGCCGAUGGGCAACUUCUCUCUUCUGUGGCCUUAGAAGUAACGCUCUGUUUUGCCGCUCCUGGUUUCCUGUUUCUGAUGAUAUUAAGGGAAUUCUCGUAAUCAUUCACGGGCUUAAUGAACACAGUGGAAGAUAUGCUGAUUUUGCAAGGCAACUGACAUCGUGCAACUUUGGUGUCUAUGCAAUGGACUGGAUAGGUCACGGAGGGAGUGAUGGAUUGCAUGGUUAUGUUCCAUCACUUGAUCAUGUUGCUGCAGACAUAGGGGCAUUCUUGGAGAAGAUAAAGUUGGACAAUCCUGGGGUACCAUGCUUUCUCUUUGGUCACUCCACUGGAGGAGCUGUGGUUUUGAAGGCGGCUUCCUACCCUCAGAUUGAAGAGAUGGUGGGAGGAAUUGUAUUGACUUCACCAGCUUUGCGUGUUAAGCCAGCUCAUCCUAUUGUUCGGGCUGUUGCCCCAGUUUUUUCCCUGGUUGCUCCAAAAUUGCAAUUUAAAGGAGCAAACAAAAGGGGGAUUCCAGUUUCCAGGGAUCCAGCAGCAUUGUUGGCCAAGUACUCUGAUCCUUUGGUCUACACAGGACCCAUAAGGGUCCGAACAGGGCAUGAAAUAUUGCGUAUCUCUUCCUACUUAAUGCGGAACCUAAAAUCUGUGACAGUACCAUUCUUUGUUCUCCACGGAACUGCUGAUAAGGUGACUGAUCCGCUUGCCUCGCGAGAGCUAUACAACGAGGCAGCUUCUCGGUUCAAAGAAAUCAAACUUUACGAUGGCUUCUUGCACGACCUUCUGUUUGAACCUGAACGUGAAGGGAUAGCCCAGGACAUCAUUAAUUGGAUGGAAGAGAGAUUAAAUAACUUAUGAAAAUGUUGAUUAGUACUGGGGAAUAAUUGGAAGUGGGAUUAAAAGAGACGUUGAAUUUGGUAACCACCACUCAACAGGGCUCUUGGGAAAAAUGGUUUGUAGGAGGCAGAUAGGUAAUUCAUUUCAUGUUGGAUGCCAUAUAUGUGUGAUUGUUUGUUACGUCAGGAAAGUUGUAUUUAUUUAGCGAAGUUAUAAGUAACGUUUCGUAAUCCUGUA